AUGGGGCCGCUGCUGGGGGCCGGGAUCUUCUGCCGCGGUGGUUGUGGCUUUUCCCGAUUGCUGGCCUGGUGCUUCCUGCUGGUUCUGAGUCCGCAAACCCCUGGCUCCAGGGGAGCUGAAGCCGUGUGGACCGCGUACCUCAACGUGUCCUGGCGGGUUCCGCACACCGGAGUGAACCGCACCGUGUGGGAGCUGAGCGAGGAGGGCGUGUACGGCCAGGAUUCGCCGCUCGAGCCCGUGGCUGGGGUCCUGGUACCGCCCGACGGGCCAGGGGCUCUCAACGCCUGUAACCCGCACACGAAUUUCACGGUGCCCACGGUCCGGGGGGACUGGGGCAGCGUGCAAGUGUCUUGGUUGGCCCUCAUCCAGCGCGGUGGGGGUUGCACCUUCGCAGACAAGAUCCAUCUGGCUUACGAGAGAGGGGCGUCUGGAGCCGUCAUCUUUAACUUCCCGGGGACCCGCAAUGAGGUCAUCCCCAUGUCUCACCCGGGUGCAGGAGACAUUGUUGCAAUCAUGAUUGGCAAUCUGAAAGGCACCAAAAUUCUACAAUCUAUUCAAAGAGGCAUACAAGUUACAAUGGUCAUUGAAGUAGGGAAAAAACAUGGUCCUUGGGUGAAUCACUAUUCAAUUUUUUUUGUUUCUGUGUCCUUUUUCAUUAUUACGGCGGCAACUGUGGGCUAUUUUAUCUUUUAUUCUGCUCGAAGAUUACGGAAUGCAAGAGCUCAAAGCAGAAAGCAGAGACAGUUAAAGGCAGAUGCUAAAAAAGCUAUUGGAAGGCUUCAACUCCGUACACUGAAGCAAGGAGACAAGGAAAUUGGCCCUGAUGGAGAUAGUUGUGCCGUGUGUAUUGAACUAUAUAAACCAAAUGAUUUGGUGCGCAUCUUAACCUGCAACCAUGUUUUCCAUAAGACAUGUGUUGACCCAUGGCUGUUAGAACACAGGACUUGCCCCAUGUGCAAAUGUGACAUACUCAAAGCUUUGGGAAUUGAGGUGGAUGUUGAAGAUGGAUCAGUGUCUUUACAAGUUCCUGUAUCCAAUGAAACUUCCAGUAGUGCCUCUCCUCAUGAAGAGGAUAACCGCAGUGAGACUGCUUCAUCUGGAUAUGCUUCAGUUCAGGGAGCAGAUGAACCGCCUUUGGAGGAACAUGCACACUCAGCAAAUGAAAAUCUACAGCUGGUAAACCAUGAAGCAAACUCCAUGGCAGUGGAUGUUGUUCCUCACGUUGACAACCCAACCUUUGAAGAAGAUGAUCAGGAGACCACUGUUCAAGAAAUUAAGUCAUAA